AUGGAGACGCUGGCGGUGUGCCAUGCGCGUCUUGCACGGUGGCUGCGCUUCGGCACGCUCUCGCUGAGUCUUGCUGGGUCGCAGCUUAUAUGGAGCAUGGAGCUUGCGUACGGGACGCCGUAUUUGUUGUCGAUCGGGCUCUCCAAAGAGGCGACGGGGCUUGUAUGGAUCGCCGGGCCCGUCAGUGGCCUGAUUAUGCAGCCUGUGCUGGGCUCUUUAUCCGACUCGUCUUCCUCGAUGUACCGGCGGCGAAAGUAUAUGGCGAUGUGUGCGGUCGUAGCUGCAUUUUCCGCGUGCAUGAUUGCGUUUGCCAAGCCGCUUGCGGGGCUCCUCGCCGAUUUGCUGCGCAUUGGGCUUGGCGAUUGGGACCCUGUGCGCAAGCACCGCGUUGUGAAAUACAUGCAGGUGCUCAGCAUUGUUGGGUUUUGGAUCCUGGACUUUGCCGUGAAUGGGCUCCAAGUCAUUAGCCGCGCCCUCAUCCUGGACAAUGCGGGGCUGCGCGAGCAAAACGAGGCGAAUGCGUGGCAGGCACGGAUGCUGCACCUCGGGAACAUGGUGGGGUACGGAUGCGGCUGGGCGAAUCUUGCCGCAUGGCCGAUCCUCGACGCUGUGGGCGGCACGCAGUUCCGCAAGUUUGCCGUCGUCAGCGUGCUCGGCAUGGCGGUUUGUGUAGCGAUCACUUUUCUCACUACGCCCGAGUUUGCGCAGCAGGGCGCGACGUCGCUUCGGGGCGAUGGCGCGUGGCGGCGCAUCUGGUGCUCGGUGCACGAGGUUGUGUGUACCGCACGCACGCUGCCGCAGUCGAUCCGCAGUGUCUGCUGGACGCAGCUGUUUGCGACCAUGAGCUGGUUUCCUUUCCUGUUCUACAGCACCACCUACAUUGUCGAUAUGUCACACAAGCAUAAAGGCACGGCGCGCGAAGAGGAGCUGGGGAGUCUGGGAAUGCUCUUGUUUGCGUCUGUCGCGAUGCUUUCGUCCUUGAUCCUGCCUUCCUUCUCGCUUGCUGGGCACGACGCUAGCAUUGCGCUUGGCCUACCGAGACGUUCCUGGCCCCGCUUGCGUCUUCGUGCGCUUUGGUGCCUCGGCGCAUUGCUUCAAGCGGCGCUGCUCCUGCUCGGCACCUUUUUCGUGCACACGCAGCGCCAUGCAAUCCUGCUUGUGGCCGCGAUGGGCGUGCCCUGGGGCAUUUGGACAUGGGUGCCUUUUGCCCUUAUUGGCGAGUUUGUCCGCGAGGCAGAGGCGAGUUCGGGCGUGUCCGGCGCCGAGCAAUGGUAUGCGCAGCGCAUCAUGGACCACCACGACACUCCAGCGCGGCAGAGCGUGUGCUCGGAUAGGGAUACGAUUACGCCAUACGGCACUCCGCAGCGGUACCUUUCUGGCACAUCCAUGCCCUCGAUUGUUUCGCGCGGCAGAGCCGUGGGGCCAGACGACGACGCUACGCCCGCCGAUAGCGCGCGCGGCGGCACAAUCCUGGGCAUCCACAACAUCGCAGUAUGUGCGCCGCAGUUCCUUGUGGCACUGAUUGCCUCGCUCAUAUUCCGCCUCACGAGCGAGCCAAAAGGCCACAAGCGGCACAAGGGCAAUGGCGACGUUGCGUGGGUGUUGCGCUUCGGUGGAUGCAUGGCUGUGCUUGCCGCAUGCUUUGCGCAACGUAUUCCUUUUACGCAGUCGGAGCGCAGCGCAGACAAUACGCAGCACGAUGCACCCUUGGAUGACGAGGACGACGAAGAGACGGACGGGUCGGUCGAUAUAGCCUAA